AUGGCCAACCUUGUGUUAACGAUAUUCUCAGUUCCAGUUGACAGUCAGCUGCAGGCACUUUUGGCAAUGGACAGAGGUCAGCAUUGGCACUAUGACCAGUCUGUGGCUACACAACUCAUAGUGCAGCAAGCUGUGGUGCAUUAUGAUGAAAAUGUGAGAUUAGUCGAUAAAGACCAUCGCUGUGAUGGAAGAAUAGAAGUUUUAAAAAAUGGAAAAUGGGGCACGGUUUGUCAUACAUCAUGGUAUGAUUACAAUUCUGCUGUUAUUUGCAGCGAGUUGGGUUGUGGAAGUUACCAUAAAUUAUACUAUUUUCCUGCUCAGUCUGGAGAUAUCUUGCUCAGUGGUGUCAAGUGUACCGAUAAAGAAUCAUCCCUGCUCCAAUGCAAAUCUGACCCGCAGGUUCAUGAAACCUGCACUCACCGCAAGGAUCUCAGACAGGAAUGCUCUGGAGAUACUGCCAGUUUUGCUGGAGGCCUGUGCUAUGGACAGCUGGAAUUAAAUCUUUAUAAAACCAAAGGUGCAGUUUGUUUUAACAAUUUUGACUCUAAGGCAGCGGCUGCUGUCUGUCAAGAGCUUCGCUGUGGAGUUUUGCAAGGCAUACAGGCUGUAAACUACAAAGGAGAGGAGGCAGGACAAAAGUGGACAGAAGAGUUCCUUUGUAAAGGUGGCGAGAAAAAAUUGGCCUACUGUCCAAGGCGGAAGAAAAAAGAUUCAAAUUAUGUGUGUGACAAAGUGGUGAGCAUCAUUUGUUAUGGAUACACAGACUAUAGGCUUAGCAAUGGAUGUUCUGGUAGAGUGGAGCUGGAGCAUGAUGGCGCAUGGAGUACAGUGUGUGAAGACGACUGGGAUAUAAAGGACGCCUCUGUACUUUGCCACCAGCUGAAAUGUGGAUAUGCUGUGGAAAUUUCAGGCCAUCAAAGAAGUGAUAACAAAACUGGACAAAUCGUCACAGACAUAUUUAACUGUGAAGGAAAUGAAAGAGAAUUAUCAAGAUGUCAGAUAUCAACUCAAAAACAUAGCAAGUGCAGUCUUAAAAAAGAUGCUAGCAUUACGUGCUCUGCUGCUUCAGGACAUAUCAGACUUGUUGGUGGACAGACGCGAUGCGAUGGAAGAGUGGAAAUAUUUUACAAUAGGGUUUGGGGGCGACUACUUAGAAGCUCAUUGAAUCAGAGAGAAGCUUCUGCAGUUUGUGAAAAACUUGACUGUGGCUAUGCAAUACACGUUUAUAGCUCUUCUCGUUAUGGAGUAGGGGACAGUGACACAUGUUUUGGUUGCAUUCAUUGUACCAGCAAAAAGGGAGCUGUCGUCAACUGCACUGUGAAAUCUGCUGACUGCAAAUCUGGAGAAGAUGUAGGUCUCCUGUGUUCCAAACACACGGCCCUUAGACUUGUGGGCGGAGGAGGGGACUGUGCAGGAAGAUUGGAAGUUUAUUAUAAUGGAACUUGGGGCACAGUAUGUGAUGACUCCUGGGAUCUAAUUGAUGCCAAUGUGGCUUGUAAGCAGCUGCAGUGUGGACAUGCUAUUAGAACAACCGAUUCUUUCAUGUAUGGCCAAGGAACAGGUCCAGUCUGGUUGGACGAUGUCAGCUGUGAUGGCAAUGAAUCAACUCUUUGGCAGUGUAACAUGAAAAAGUGGGGGGAUCAUAACUGCAAACAUAAGGAGGAUGUAGGCAUCCUGUGCUCAGAAUUCAAGGAACUCAGAUUGGUCAGUAAUGAGUUUGACUGUGCUGGCCGACCAGAGGUUUUCUACAAUGGCACUUGGGGACUGAUUUGUAGCAAUGGAAUGGAAGGGAUAACUGCUUCUGUGAUAUGCCAUCACCUCAACUGUGGAGACAGUGGCUUUGUCUCAGUCACUGCUGCAAAGAGUCCUGCGAUCAAAUGGCUCGAUGAGGUUAAAUGUAAUCAUCAUCACACGUCACUAUGGCAGUGCCCUGCUUUACCUUGGGGAGUAAAUAACUGUGCAGAUGAGGAUGUCAGUGAAAUUGUAUGUUCAGGUAAAAGAAAAAAAGAAAAUAUAGUGAAACCUUGCUCAAAUGAUCCAUCUCAGCAACGCUGCCUUGAGCCAGAAUCACUGCGCCUCAUUGGUGGUCCACACUCCUGUGCUGGCAGAGUGGAAGUGUUGCAUCAAGAUGUCUGGGGGACAGUCUGCGAUGACUCCUGGGAUUUGGCAGAUGCUCAGGUGGUAUGCAGGCAUGUUGGCUGUGGAGAGGCAGUGAGUGUACACAGUGAGGCUUCUUUUGGAAGUGGAAAUGACUCGAUCUGGUUAGACAAAGUGAACUGCAAGGGCGGUGAACUGAGGCUCUGGGACUGUCAGCAUGCAUCUCUGGGAAUCCACAACUGUCAUCACAAAGAGGAUGCCGGAGUUAUCUGUGCAGUGCCAAAAGAAGUCCAGUUAGUGCAGGGGACUACAGCCUGUUCUGGUCGUGUGGAAAUACUAUAUGGUGAUACAUGGGGAACUGUUUGUGAUGAUUCAUGGGAUCUGAAGGAUGCUCAGGUGGUAUGCAGACAAGUGGGCUGUGGCACUGCACAGAGCAGAGAGACAAGACCCAGCUUUGGACAAGGUAAUGGCACCAUAUGGCUGAAUAAAGUCGCUUGCAGUGGCACAGAAGAUCACCUUUGGGAUUGCCAACACUCUCUGCUUCGCCAGAACAACUGCACUCAUGAGCAAGAUGUCGGAGUAAUCUGUGCAGAUAUUUCCAAGUCCACAUCAUCAAAUGCAGCCCAGAAUGACCAGAGCAUUCUGAUGAUUGUGUGCUUCAUAUUGGGAGCUUUGCUUUUUGUAACAUUAAUUCUCAUCUUUGGGCAGUACCUACAAAAGAAAGAUCUAAGAAGGCAGAUCGAAGAAUGGGAAGUCACUUACUACCCUCAACAAGACAUGUAUUAUGAAGAAAUUGAGUACAAAUUAGGAAGAACAUACAGUUUACCCAGAAAAGGUAGCAUGCUUUAUGAUAACAUAUCAUAUGAUGAUGUUAUGAAUGACUAUACAGAUAAUUUUGCCUCUGGUGAUAUACCAUAUGAUGAUGUUGUGGAUGAAAAUGCAGAGAGUAUUCAUUCAGAAAACCUUCCCUUUAACUAUGAUGAUGUGAAGAAUAAGGAAACUGAUUAGGUAUGAAAACCCUUACCCAACAGAAGACUCCAACAGCAAUUUGAGAUAUUUUAUUGUUACAUGAAAGAAGGAAUUGAAAAAUAAAACUGAAGAUUAAGGGAAGAGCAGACAAUUUAGUCUCCACCACAAUGCUCGAGGUUGAGAUGAUCCCUUAACAUCUUUAUUUUUAAAAUUGAUUAAUAUAUCUUGCUUCAUGUUUUGCCAUAUUUUGAGCUACUUAUAUUUUUGCAUAAAUGUUAUCAUUAUUUUUUAAUGAGUUUUAGCUAUUACAUUAUUUUAGGGUGUUAAAUAUUAUGUUUCAAUUUUGUACAUUCAGAUUAUCAUGUGAGAUUACCAUCAAGGUAAAUCUGAAUAAGCACCAAGAGAAUUUUUCCACACCAGAUUGAUACCAGUCCCAUAAACCAACUGUGUCACAACAGACAGGUUAAGACACUCUAGACAACAGAUAAAGAGAUUGGAGAAUCCAUUUAUUUUUCAUCAGAAUUUAUUGAUAACUGAAUAGUACAGAUAAAUAGGAUUAGAUUUUAUUAAUAUACAAUUGCUUUGGAAAUAUAUAUGAGGCAUUUAGGUAUUUUGUUACUGAUUUUAAUACUCCUGUGACCCAUCAGAGGCCAGGAUUUUAAUUGUGGCAUUCUUCUCAUUUUCAUAUUUUUUAUGCUUCCCAUAAGGGCCUUCAUGAUUAAUUUUCUAGAAUUGAAUUCAUGAUGCUCGUGCACAUAAUAUGGACUAAAUAUUAAGCUACAAAACAUGCAUAUUAUUUCUGAGUGGACAUGUUUUAAGCUGAUAACCUUAACUUGAGUUCAAUAAAGCUACUCAGUCUCACCUGUUAUUUUUUUUUAAUUCAUAUUACUUCAGAAAAAGUGUUAGUUAAAACUUGCCUACUUCCUUUCAUAUUUUUAA